CCGAGUCAAAUAGCAGCAGCUCCUGCCGCUGUGCACCUGUUGUCUAUCGACCAUGUAUAAACUGACGCUCGUGAGACUGACCGUCCGGGCAUCUACUAGCAUGCGUGGCUGCGGUACAGCAAGUUUUACAAUCCUUUUCUGAGCCAUCCAACCUUUUGAGCCAUCCAAACCGAAAGUCCGCUGGCAGGGGCAAACAACUGCUCGUUUACCACACUACUCUUUUUCCAAGCCUAAUAAGCUAAUUAGUAUCUCCUCGCGUUCAAGACACCAUGCAUCUGGUCCGAUUCGUCUUGCAGGCCACCUUGGCCUAUGGCGCUGUUGCCUUCCCAUCCACCUCCGAAAGGCGGGACUUGGGUACAAUCCAGAGCGCCAUCGGCACCGUCCAGAGCGCUCUGGAAAAGCUUAACACGGCGGUCAACGGCCUGACGGCCGACCCGCAGACAGCCGCGCCAAUCCUGACAGCCUCGCAGAACGCUCAGGCAGCGCUCCAAAAGGCCACGCAGGACAUCAGCGGCUCGGACGAGCUGGGGCUCAUCAGCGCGCUCCGGCUGCAGCAGAUGGCCAACGGCUUGACGUCGGCGGUGCAGACGGCCAUGGACAGCCUGGUGGCCAAGAAGCCCGUGCUCGACCAGCUGGGCGUGACCUCGGUGGCGGUCAUGUCGCUGCAGACGCAGCAGUCGGCCAGUGCCGCCUUCGGGGACGCCCUCGUCAGCAAGGUGCCCGCCAUCGGCCGGGGCCUCGCACGCCAGAGCAUCAACCAGGUGAACGAGAUCUUGGACAAGGGCAUUCAGGAUCUGCAGCGCGCGGGUGCUGGGGCGGAAGGUGGUGCCAGUACUGCUACUAGCGCUAUUACCACUAGUAGUGCUAGUGCGACUACAGUGGUGGGCUCUACCACGGCUGCAACUUCCGUCGCACCAUCAUUUGUCUCGGCUCCAAUAAACGAGAACGGGAGCGAGACAGAGACAGAGACGGAGACCGCAACCGCAACUAGCACCGUCGAUGCUCCCGAAGAGGGUGUCAGUUCUCUACCCCCGGCUGCCAGUGGCUUGGAGGUCUAAGGCAUGUGUCCAUGCGCUUUGCCAGGCCAUGACGGGGCAGAUAUGUGACACGGAGAGAGUGGACCGGUUUGUGAUGGGGGAGGUGCUCUUCCGCUGGGUUGUUGGACUGGGACGCCCCUGGUGGCUGUGAUCCCAUCACCGUCAAUUCGAUCUAUGUUUCGGUAGAUACUAGCACUGUACAAUACUAGUAGUACAUAUUUUGGAUUGAGGAUGUGUGAGGUUCAGGGUAUCCCUCUUUGUAUGAUAGUUCCAG